UGUAGUUUAUCGAGCAGGAGCAGUAGCAGAAGAAGAGAAUAGAAGCAAUGGUGGUUGGUGUUGGGAGCCAAGGUUUUCGUCCUCCUUCAAUUUCGAACCUCAACCACUCUAGACAACUUCACUCUUUCUAUGUCUCCGCCACCAAUCGCCAACACAAUCCACCCACAACCACCGACGACAACAAUCUUAAACAACCUUCUUCCAGUUUCGGAAGACUCAAAGCUCACCAAGUCAAAGCUCUCAUCCACCGAACCAAGCCCCAAAGACGCGACAGUCAUCUACCAUUCACAGAUUCUUCUUCUAUUGAAGAACAUGAACAAGCUCAUCAAACCUCUCAUCAUUCAGCUGGAACCAAGUACCAAAGACGCAGCAGCACUCGCCAACCAUUCACAGAUUCUACUGUUGCAACAGAAAGAGAAGAAGCUCAUCAAACCUCUCGUCAUUCAGGUGGAGCCAAGUAUCAAAGACGCAGUAGCACUCAUCAACCAUUCACAGAUUCCACUGUUGAAAAUAGAGAAAGAGAAGAAGCUCAUCAAACCUCUCGUCAUUCAGGUGGAAGACGACCUUCUUCUUCUUCAUCUUCUUCUUCUCAUUCGAAAUUAGGAAGAGGAUGGGGUGAUACAAUUACUGUUCCUUAUUCGCCAAUGGAUAACAGAAAGCCAUCAAUGCCAGACAACAACUUUUUCAGUGUCAAAUCCUUCAAGGAUAUAGGCUGCUCUGACAAUGUCAUUCAAUCCCUCCAGAACCAGUCUUUUACUCGCCCUUCCCAUGUACAGGCGAUGGCAUUUGGUCCUGUUAUUGCUGGAAAGACUUGUGUCAUAUCUGAUCAAAGCGGUUCUGGAAAGACAUUAGCUUAUCUUGCACCCAUAAUUCAGCGUCUUAAACAAGAAGAACUCGAAGGACGUAGUAAAUCCUCUUCACAAGCUCCUAGAGUGGUUAUACUGGCACCCACUGCUGAGUUAGCUUCUCAGGUCUUAGAUAAUUGUCGAUCGAUGUCAAAGUCUGGGGUUCCAUUCAAAUCUAUGGUUGUCACUGGUGGCUUUCGACAAAGAACACAACUGGAAAGUUUACAGCAGGGUGUUGAUGUCUUAAUAGCUACACCUGGUCGAUUUUUGUUCCUGAUAAAGGAAGGCUUCUUGCAGUUGACAAAUCUAAGAUGUGCUGUGUUGGAUGAGGUAGAUAUACUCUUGGGUGAUGAGGACUUUGAAGGGGCUCUUCAAUGCUUGAUUAAUUCUUCACUGGUUGACACACAAUACUUAUUUGUGACUGCUACUUUACCGAAAAAUGUCUACAGCAGACUGGUUGAAGUUUUUCCUGAUUGCGAAAUGAUCAUGGGACCUGGUAUGCACCGUAUAAGUUCUCGCCUUGAAGAGGUUCUAGUAGAUUGCAGUGGAGAAGAUGGGCAAGAAAAAACUCCUGAUACAGCAUUUUUGAACAAGAAAGCUGCUCUUCUGCAGCUUGUGGAGGAAAGUCCUGUCCCAAGAACAAUUGUGUUCUGCAACAGGAUUGAAACAUGUAGAAAAGUUGAAAAUGCGUUAAACCGUAUUGACAAAAAAGGAACUCGCAUCCAAGUUCUACCUUUCCAUGCCGCCAUGACACAAGAAUCACGGCUUGCUAGUAGGGAAGGGUUUACACGUUCUCCAUCAAAAGAAGUCUCCCAGUUUAUGGUUUGCACUGACAGAGCAUCACGGGGAAUUGACUUCGCGGAAGUGAAUCAUGUCAUACUUUUUGACUUCCCACGUGAUCCGAGUGAAUAUGUGCGGCGUGUUGGAAGAACAGCCAGAGGUGCUAGGGGACAGGGCAAGGCAUUUAUCUUUGUGGUUGGCAAGCAAGUAUCCCUUGCACGCAAAAUAAUGGAAAGAAAUCGGAAGGGUCACCCCCUACAUGAUGUACCUUCGGCUUUUGAGCUGAUGAGAUAGAAAGUGAAGUUGUGUUUGUUAAGUGCUUGGAAAGGGUGCUCUCAACUGAGGCUGGCCCUCGUUGAAACAUGGAAAUGCAAUUGUGUUCGAAAUGGCAAAGCAAACAAACAAUUAAUGUAGCUAGCUUGUUAGGAGAAGGGUAUGCAAUUGGCUCUAGAUGAGGGAGAUCUGUGAAGGCAAUGAUUGAAUACUUUGUGUCCACGCAGGGUGAGAAUCCCAACUUCUUCUAUGCAAUAGACCUGGAUCUUAAUAGACAUUUGACAAGUGUAUUUUGGGUUGACAUAAAGGGCAGACUUGAUUAUGAAACUUCCAUGAUGUUGUUUUGAUUCACACUUUUUACUUAAAAAACAAAUAUAAAAUUCCUUUUGUUCCCAUUGUGGGAGUCAACCAUCA